AAAAAAAUAUUAAUUCCACGUAUCUCCCUCAUUCACAUAGAACCAAUUGGAAAGAAGAAGAAAAAAAACCCAGAAAAAUGGCCCAAGCUAUGGCUUCAAUGGCAGGCUUACGUGGGUCCUCUCAGGCUGUGUUGGAGGGUAGCCUCCAGCUAAGUGGCUCAACCCGCUUGAACGGAAAUGGGAGCGGCCGUGUUGCCAUGACACGGUCGGGGCUGAGCGUUAGAGCCCAGCAGGUGCCUGCUGAGCCUGAAACUAGUCGCCGGGCUGUUCUUGGUCUUGUUGCUGCCGGUCUGGCCUCGGGGUCCUUUGUUCAAGCAGUGCUUGCUGACGCAAAGUCCAUCAAGGUCGGCCCACCCCCCCCACCCUCCGGUGGAUUGCCUGGAACUUUGAACUCUGAUGAGGCAAGAGACCUGGACCUGCCACUGAAAGAACGCUUCUUCAUUCAGCCGCUGACACCAGCUGAGGCAGCCCAGAGGGCAAAGGUGUCGGCCAAGGAAAUUGUUGGCGUGAAGCAGUUGAUUGAUAAGAAGGCUUGGCCCUACGUGCAGAACGAUCUGCGUUUGAGAGCAUCGUAUCUUCGUUACGAUCUCAACACUGUCAUCUCUGCUAAGCCCAGCGGGGAGAAGAAACCCCUCAAGGACCUCACUGGAAAGCUCUUCUCCGUCAUUGGCGAUCUGGACCAUGCAGCAAAAAUUAAGAGCACCCCAGAAGCAGAGAAGUACUACGCCCAGACUGUUUCUGCCCUGAAUGAUGUUCUUGCCAAGCUUGGUUAAGAGGAAUUAACAUUUCUUGAUGUAAGCAGACAAUGUGUUUGAUGCUAUGUCCAUGUGAAGGGAAUCUAGUUGAAAAAACUGUUGCUUUAUCUUUCAA